GAACAAUGUAACCUUGUCUCUCCAACGUGGAGCAAGGGAGGAUCGUUUUUUGAAUUUUGCGGCAUCAGAUCCCGAAAGUUGGUUCACAGUAGGCCCGUCGCUUCUCGGGGGCCUUAAAGAGGCCGCGCGGCUCGGCUUCGGCUCGCGUGUGCCCUGACGCGGAAAGCCGGUUAGUCGGUCUCGAUCCUUCGUACCGGUCGCAUUUGCUAAAUCGCUCUUCGAAUUUCGCGUUUUCUAUCCGCCUCGAUGAAAAUUCUCCGGAAUUUUUAGUUCUGAUUUGUUCGUAAUUUUUUGUGAAAAUCGUUGCAAUUUGUGUCUUUUAUAUUUUUUAACGAAACGAACGAAUUGUGUCCGUACUCGAACGACGGAAAUAAAUUGUGGUGUCCAAACACGAAAAAACGUUUUUUUGAAGUGAAUUUUGUAUUCGGUGUGCGAGCAGCAGGGAUUUAUAGCAAUUGUUUUCGACUUCAAGUUCGUGUUGCAAACGAUGUCCACGUGGCAGGCAAAUUGACGUAGGCUGCAAUGUUGCUGUCGUCGCUAUGAACGAGAGCCGGUGCUACGUUGAUUCGCCCGUGCUCGCUGAACAUCAGCCAUUCAACCGGAAUGGGAAGGCAGUCAGGGGAUCGAAGAAGAGCGUGCUAUUCUACACCACCGAUUACGGGGACGAGAAAGAAGAUCUAGGAAUCAAGCUUCAGCAACGAUCAGUUUCUCUGACUGCUCUACACACUGGAGUUGGUUCACAACCACAAUUUCUGGAACCAAGAAUGGCACAAUUAGAAACGUUAGAGGCAAAGAUGGCUAGUAUAGAAGUUUCUUUGUCUACAACACCGAGGCGGAAGAAGGGUGGAAGCAUUUCCGGUGGAGUCACCUCACCUGCUGGUCAUCGAAACAGAGAUCAUUACAAGGAGUUGGAUGCUCUACGAGUUGCAUUGCGUGAUAAAGAAAAUAUUAUUCAAACAUUAAAAGGGCAGCUGUGUAACACCCUUAGUAAUCGGUUGGCAUUACGCAAUGGUGCACCACCUUUGACCGAGGCUGACAGAAAAGCAACGGAGGAACGACUUCAAAGGUUACGACGUGACGCCGACAAUAAACGAUUAGCGAUAAAAAACCUAAAACUUGCACUUGAACGCUUGAACAUCACCGACAAUAUUGAUGUUCGAAUUCAACAAGCGGAGCUAGAAUACAGACUCGGACGAGAGGAACUUGAACUUCUGACCCUUCGCGAAGAAAGCAGAGCCCUUCAAGCUGCUCUAGAACUGGCGGAGACCCAAGAAAAACAAAAGAAUGAUACGAUAUUCAGGUAUCUCAUCGGCAGAAUCAAUCUGCCUCUUUGUCGGCGCUACAGUUUCACCCAAUUAAGCGUUAAUAUCGCGCUCGUGAAAUUCAACGCUUUAUCGGUCAACAUUGUCUUCAGGAUCUUGGAGGUGAAUGGAAAGCUGGUGGUGGGAGCCGGCAGGAGCGACUUGGCGAGGCUAUUGGCCGUUGCACCCGAUGCGGCACAAAUCGUGGUCCUUCGAAAAGGCGAAUCCCUCGCAGCACUGCGCACACUUCGAUCAGAUAACCUCAGGUUGACUCACAGGAUCGGGUAUCUCGAAGAACAGGUUAGGGAUCUUCUGGCACCAAGUAGGGCCGAAGUCCCCGCGGAUCCUCCGCCGACUCGACAAGAACAAGUUCAGGUUUUUCAGAAGGGACCACAAGUGACCGCAUUAGUCGCCAAUCUGCCAGGCCUAAACGUAAGAAACUCAAUGGAGCUGCGACAAUGUUUACCGACAGUAAGAAACAGACACAGCGACCAUUCGAGGCGUACGACGGAUGCUAAAAGUCCGAAAGAACUUGAUUUCUCCUCGGACAGUAAUGGCUACCAGAAAACGAGAAACAAACAGAAACACCAGGGUUUUCAAUUGACCAGGUCAACCGCCAGUUUAGACUGCAAACAAACGCAGAUGCAAUCGCAGCUGCGCAGGAGACCACCUAGGGUUGAAUCAGCCAUGGAACAAUUGUCGAAAAAUCGCAAAAACGCGUCACAAAUGCAGUCGUUGGACUUUGAUUCUGAACCAACUUAUUAUCGUUUGCAGGAUUCCCAGUCACGAGCUUCGGAUAAUUUGGAUGCUUCGAUGGUAUACAGUUCUCAAGACACGAAAUCUCGACCAGCGCCACCAAAGAAGCCACUUCGAUUGUCCCUCCACCGUGCGGCGAGUCUUCAGUCCGUAGAAAGUGCGCCACCAACAUCUGCUCACGAUGUGACAAAAAAGCCAACCAAGAGAAAUCACAAAGGCGAUCCACCAACAGAGAACAGUCCAAGGGUUGACAAAAACGGAGAAACAAAUGGCCAAACGCAGGAAUCGCAGUCUAAUCCUCCUCAGCCUCCUCCGAGAACACCGUCCAGGGCGGAAUCCUGUCAAAGUGCAUUAAGGUGGCCUUCUCCGAAACCAAGACCACAUUUAGCGCCAGUCACGAUGGAAAAGUGGUGUUAAGACAGAGUAAUCUAAAAAUGAUAUUCAUGAUUUCAGAAAGUGCGUGCAUGCGUAUUUAUGUUAUUGUUAGAAAGAUUUUAGUGGCGCCGUUGCGCAUAACCUCUUCAAGAUCUCCGUUAAGAAGACAUUUUGUGUAUAUAAUUUGCAAGUAUUUUAGAUCAAACGUGACCAAGUGAUACUGCUAGUAUUCCUAUUUUUAUAUAAUGCAAGUUUACAAAUUUUCAAUUAUCAAAUUUUGUAAAUUCCAAAUGUAAAUUUCCAUGUAAAAAUUCCAAGCUUGAAAAUUGUCAAAUUUCUGAACAUUUAACUUCUUAAAUAUUUAAAUACCAAUAUGUGGUUAAGUAAUGAGAUCAAGUAAUAUAAAUGGUGGUUAUAAAGUGAUGUACUUAAAUGUGACCUGUGUUUACAUAUACAUACUUGUAACAAGUAAUAAUUUGCAGAGUUGAAGCAUUACAAAUUUAAUUUGUAAAGAUAAUGACUAAUGAACAGAAAAUAAACUAUCAAAUACAUAUAAAUACAUAUGUGUAUAUGUAACUGAUGGUGGAUAAGCACUUGAUCAUGUUUGUUUACAUUUAGAUAGGUAUGUAUGUAAAUACACAAUAUUCUAAUACUUAGUACUAUACGUAUAGUACAGACUGAAGUAUUAUAUUUUGAAUUAAAUUUUUAUACGCUAUUUUUAUAAGAUAAGGUACAAUAUAUAAAAAUUGUAAUACAUUCUCUAUCACAGUAUUUGAUAUCAUCAAUUGCUAAAAAUUUCAUUACAUAAUGAGAACUUCUUAAUGAAAACAUAUUUUAGCAAAAAGAUUAGGCUAUACUGAUAAUAAUACAUGUGAUAAGGAACAUGUAAAGAAUGUUUUAUGUGCAUGACAAAAAUCAUAAAACACUUUGAAUGUAUGUAUUUUCUACAAUAAUACGUUGCUGUAUUAUUGAAAUAUGAAAGAAAUUAUUUCAAUCAAAGUCACAUUAAUGAUUUGUAUUAUUAACAUUUCGCGCGUGAAACGUACAUUGAAGUGCAGAUCUGACUUCCCAGGGGAAAAUUGUGGUCGAGAGAAACACGUUCCCGCCGCAGUAACAUCGACAGUGUGGCAAGCAUUAUGCAUAAUUUACAACUUACACCCUCGAAAUCGAUAAUAAGGUUUUUGCAAGUGCAAGCUUACUUCUAAAAGUAAGCUAUUUUAUUGCGUUCUUCUUCUUUCAAAAAGAUGAUUGUGGAAACGAACGUUGUGAACGUAACUGAACAUUCUUUAUAACUGAAUUUUAGAUUGAAAUUUAUAUUCACAACGAAAGUAGCGCGGUGAUGUAUUAUCUGAAAAAAGAUAUAAAAGGCAGUAGCUUAUUGUGAGAUAAUUAAUUUUAUAAGGUCGAGAGUCCUUUGGGAAUGCCACUGGUACAAGUAUUUUAAAAGUAUUUUCACAUUGUCUGAAAGUAGUACAGGUAGCGCCACCUGGCAGCCAGACGUGAACUAUCAAAACUGAAAAUGCUAUUUUCUCUAAAAUAAAGCAGUUUUACGUUUUGUUGACACUCAUAAAUUGUUAUACAGAUUUGACAAAGUCGGCAAAAUGACUUUGCAAAAAGUAGGAAGCAUUAUAUUCGAAAAUAUAAGCUCCAAUUUAUAGAUCUCAAGUGCCCAGCCAUCUAGUGGUAGAAAAUGUGAACUAAUGGAACUAAGUUUAUAAUUUAAUUUGUGCAUGUAUGACUUUUCCCGAUAUGUUGGCACUUAUAAGAAAUUCUAAAACCAAUUAAUGUUGCUUUUCGGAUCAAUUUGUCGCACAGUAUUGACUAUUAAACUCGAAUAUUCAAAAUUAAAUGAAUUCUUUUCAAAACAGCACCUGUAAUGCCACCUAUCAGUGUACGUUAAACCAAGGAAAAUAGUAAUGAUUGAAUAAAGUUUAGCUGUUUUUUUUUUUUUGACUUUAUUGGAGAUCGAAGUUGAGCGGAAGGUUGAGCUAUGAGACAUAAUCACCUUCGCAAGUGAUUUUAGUGAGGAAAUACCAUCUGGUAGACUACGAUAAUACUGUACCUCGUCGAUGAUAUAGGGAAUGACAUAAGAAUGACAAAAAAUUUUCUGUCGAGUCGCCAAAAAAUAUUCACACAGAUAUCUUCUUUUAUAAAAAAGAGCUUAUUUACAAAAAUUUGGUUCAUAACGGUAUAUGACGGUUUUCCGAAGUUUCACUUUAAACUGUCCAGUAAAUUGAAAAAGUUAUUUCACUAAGGUAAAGUACUUAAAAUUAAGUUCUAUUGCCUUUCACCGCUAGAUGGCUAAGUAUUCCAAAGUCCAUAAAAUGUAAUUUUGCAAGCUUUAUAAUAUAAAGCUUGAAAUUUCCUGCAACUUUAUUUUUCUGAGUUUUAUCCUGGCCGUAGAAUAAUUUGUGAGUGUCAACUGAACGUAAAAAUGCCUUACAGUGUAAAAUAUGCAAUUUUUUUUUAUAGAUCCCUUAGUAACCAUCUGAUGAUGUAGCUUUGAAGCAGCGCGCGCGAAAAUUUAAAUUGUAAAUUACAUGUAAAAAUGAAGCUUCCAGAAUGUUAUUAACUUUAGAAAUAAUUAUCUUACAAUAAACUGUUAUCCUUUAUAUUUCUUUUACAUAUCAAAUCGCCGUGAUUUUGAUAUGAACGUAAAUUUCAAUUUAAAGUUUAAUUAUGAAGAACUUUAUAUUAUUAAUAUCUAUGAUGAAAUACAAUUUUUUUGAUUACUAGUCUAAAUGUAAGAUGAGAAAUACAAAAAU